CAUGGGGAUCGUGCCUGACAAAGCAAAAUGAUUCACCACCAUAACACUUCCGUAUUUGCUUGAAAGCUGUUAAAUCAUCUAAGGGCAUAUAUGCACGUUUCUGUUUAAGGAACCAAAACGAGUGGCGUACCCUCGGUCGAAACCACCACUACCUGUAGAUCGGUGUUUGCGUCAUUUUUUGUACGGUUUAAACACAUCUUUAUUCACAUUUUCCCGAAUGUCAUGCGGGCUCGCCAUUUGUCUCUUGCGUAGCAAGGUAACUAUCUUGGUCGUUAAUUUCAGCUUGUUGGGCUCAAAGGUUAUCCACUUCUUAAAUCACGCUGGCUCAACUUCUACAUAAUGUCUGGAAAUCCUGCUGUGGUUAUGCGGCUGUUGGCUUCUGCCUACACUGUGGCUGAGAAAGCCGGGGCCAUUGUGAGGAGGGUCCUUCAUAGUGGAGAGCUUGGUGUUGUAGAGAAGACGGGAGCUAAUGAUCUCCAGACACUGGCAGACAGACUUGCACAGCAGAGCAUUUGUGCUUCACUGUCCAGACGCUUCCCCAAAGUCACCAUCAUUGCAGAGGAGGAGCUUCCAGCUGAGGAGGUAGGGGAAGACCUCAUUGAGACUGGCCAGGCAGAGGAAAUCCUCCACAAGACAUGUCCAGCAGAAUAUAGCACACUGAAGGAGGAGGAGCUAGUUGUGUGGGUUGAUCCUCUUGAUGGCACAAAGGAAUAUACUGAAGGGCUCCUGGAUAAUGUGACAGUGCUGAUUGGCAUUGCAUAUGGAGGCAGAGCUAUUGCAGGUGUCAUCAACCAGCCUUUCCACAACUACCAGCUGGGGGAAGGAGCAGAUUUAGGACGGACCAUAUGGGGAAUGCUAGGUUUGGGCACGUUUGGAUUUCAGCUGCAGGAAGUUCGAGGUGACAAACGGAUCGUCACUACCACCCGUUCCCAUAGCAACAAGGUGGUAAUGGACUGCGUAGACGCCAUGGAACCUCAUGAAGUUAUAAGAGUGGGUGGUGCUGGAAACAAGAUAAUCCAGCUUGUUGAGGGGAAAGCGUCUGCUUAUGUCUUUGCUAGUCUGGGAUGCAAAAAAUGGGACACCUGUGCUCCUGAAGCCAUUCUUCAUGCUGUUGGAGGUAAACUGACUGACAUGCAUGGCAAUGCAUACCGCUAUGAUGCUAAUGUAAAGCACAUGAAUUCUGCAGGGGUUCUCGCUACACUACGCAACCAUGAGUACUACAUCAGCAGAGUACCACAGUCAGUGCUGCUCGCCCUGAAGUCAGAUUGAGGUCUGUCUAAAUCAGAAAAUGUUGAAACACUGAUCUUCCUCCGGUACAGAGAAAUCACACUUAAAGCUUAAAGUCCAUAAUAUAAUUUUUCCUGGGCAUGUGUGGAAAAACUUAAUUUUUACUUAAUCUGACAAUAUUAGACUUUUAUAUCAAAUUUUUACCAGAUGUAAAGAUUUGUUUUUUCCGGUGCCCAUGAUUGAACAUGGGCACAGUCAUACUGGCAGAGUGUAAUUAAAUGUGACUUUAUUACUUUAUCACUUUAUUAACCGGCAACAAACAGACAGGCUCAACAGCACUUCCAUUUAUUUGACUCGACUGAAACAAAGCCAUACAAAUCUCAAAGCAGAUUAACAUACUGUUUUCAACUUGAAAACCAAUAGAUUUACAAGGCAAAAGAGAAGACUGAAAUAAAUUAAAAUACAGAGGUUAAAUGUUGAUUAGUAAUUGGAAAAUAAUUUACUGCACUUAUUUUAAUAAGUACUAAUUGGGAACAAUGUAAUACAGCUCUAAAUGCCAACAACAAACAAAAUGCCAUCGUCCUGACUUAAGGAUUUGACCUCAUUACAGUGUCAUGUGAUGUGCAACAAUGUUCCGUGUGAGAGGUCGACACAAGAUAAAAUCCCUUUAUUGUCAUUGCACAACUGUAGAACAAAAUUUAAUACAACUCCUCUCAGUGGGAUGGGAAAUUAGAGUACAGAUAAAAUUUAAAAGUAUUAAAACAUCUAAUGGUGUGACAAAUAAACAGCUCUCAGUUUAAAAGUGAAUCUACUGAAAACUAGUAUUUUAUUUUUUUUUACCCUUUACUGUUCUUCAGUUUCUGCCAUGUGCUUCAUGUUUAUUUUAUAUUCCUUUUAUAUACCUGUGCUGUACGUACCAGAUUUAAAGUACACAAACUCAAGGUGCACACAGAAGUUUGGUUCCUGCAUUUUCCAUAUAUAGUCAGUUUACACCAUUGCAUUGCUCAGUUUUUCCUCAUUUUAUACCAACAGUGGAAAGUCUACUCUUUAUAACAACCACAAAUGCUCCUUCAGUGUUUAUGACAGGUAAAACAGGUUCAGAGCUUGGUGCUGGUUGUGAAAGAGGCUGGAAACAAAAUGUAUCUGAUGUAGUGAUAAUCUAGUUUAUAGCGUCUGUAAUUUUUUUAUAAUCAUUUUAUUUUAUUGCAUAUGGCAUUUUGGGGAAAAACUCUCGUCAUUUUCUUGCCAAGAGUUAGGUGAGAAAACUGAUAUGGCUGUCAUUUCUGUAUGGUAAAUACAAAGCUACAGCCAGUAGCUAGCGGCUUAGCACAAGGAUAGGAAAACAGAGAGUAAUGUUAUCCAGGUUCUGAGCUAAGUUAAGUUAGCCAGCCGCUGGCUGUAGCUUAAUACUCCACAGAUGUAACAGUGUUACUGAUGUCCUCAUUAAGAUGUGUGCUAUUCCACCCACUAUACAAAGGGACAGUGGUGAUAACUAGGUAAGUUACAUACACAUUAGAUGAAUCAAGUGGAGAGGGAAGUAGGGUAUUUGGCCCUGUGGCCUGGGAGAAUCUCAGGCAAACAACCUACCUCUGUCUAACAAACGUGCAUGUGUCCAAAAAAAAAA